UGCCGAGGGCUGCUUAGAUCCUGCCUGGGCGGCCAGCAGCCUCCUCCCCUUUGCCAAGAUGGGCCCGUCUCCCUUCUUUUGGGAGAGCCCGGGAGGCGGGAUUCAUCCCACAACUUCCGGGAACCAGCUGUCCCCGGGCUGUGUGUGUUUGUGUGUGUGUGUCACCCAGGUCGUCCCCAUUUCUCCAAAGACAGCCUGUUCCCCUCACUCCCGAGCUCCCCCCCCCAAAAAAAAUCCUGGGACAUGGAUGUCCCUCCUGCCCCACCCACCCGCGCACCCCUUCUCCUUGGGUUGGACUGGAUGCAGUUUUUUUGGGGAGGGGCGAUUUCUGUCCCCUGGCACGACUAAGCCAGCCACCGCCCCACCUUAUGUAAUGUGUCCAGGCUCCGUUCCCAGUUUCCAUGGAAACAUCCCCACCCCCUGGCAUUAUUCCCCCCCUCCCUGAACAAGACUGGCAUAAACAGAGGAUGGCAGGCUUAUAAAGGCCCCUUUGUGUGUCCCCCCCCUCCCUUUCUCUCCACCACAGCAGAGCCAAGAACAAGGCAAGGGUGAAAGAGAGGUUGCGAGGAAGGGCCUUGGAGGUGCCUCUCCUCCUCCUCCUCGCGAGGAGACGCGGCUGCUUCCCGCCUUCUGCCCUUGCCCGCCCUCUCUGGGGAUGCUCUGACAGGGGCCCGUGGGUGUAGGUGGGUGCCUGUCUGUCUGUGCAAGCCGUGCAUGCUGAAUAUCUAUGCCCGGGCGAGGUAAACUGUUUUGUGUUUGUGCGUGGGUGUGUGCAUGUGUGUGUGUUUGUGGAGAAGCCAGGCACCCCUCGGGAGCCUUCCGGUGCAGCUGAUGUCCCUUGUGUGGCUCCGGUCCUGUGAGUGACAACAGCUGCCCUUGGCCGGGGGGGGCGAAGAGAGAGAGAGAGAGAGAGAUGGGCACCCUCCUCGCUGGCACCCUCCCCAUGGGGCCUGGGCCAAUGGGAGUGAAUGAGAGGGGGCCGAGAAGCGGGCACAGAGAUGGCUAUUUAUGCCGGGCCAGGGAGCGCUGCCUCCCCCCCCGCCACCAGUGGGCAUCUCCCGGCCCCAUCCCGUUCCCUCGUCUGCCGGGGCUGGAUGCGGGAGCUCAGCCUUCCCCUGGCCCGGAUCCUGCCCCGCCGCCGUUGUCCUCCUCCCCCUCCUCCUCUGGGGCCUGGGAGGAAGACCCCCGCAGGGCACAAAACAGAGACCGAUCAUCAGGUAGGGUCUGAGACAGGGAGAGGAAGCUGGUCAGCUCAGAAGAAGGGAGACGACGACGACGAAGAAGAGGAGGAGGAGGAGGAAGAGUUCAUCAGGAAGGGGUCCCGGAGCAGGGCCGUUCCCCGGAUCCCGCCUUGGGACGUUCACGGUGCCAAAGGACGGUGGAAGGCAGGGACCCAAGAGCCCAACGCCUGUGGGAAAAGGCCGAGGGACGAGGAAACGUGACCCGGAAGGACCCUUAAUCCGCUGCCGCCUCCGGGGGGGGGGAGAAAUCCCUCAUGUCGCUGGACCACCACGGAAGGGUCUCGGUCAAGUCCAUGGUCAACGUUUUCGAGGCCCAGAGGGAGCCUCGGAGCUGCGGUUGCGGCUUGCUCUCCAAUGUGGGGGACCUUCGGCACCCCCGGCAGCGCGGCUGCACCUCCCCGGCCCUCUCCAGGGAUCCGUCCCCUGCCCGCCCUCCUCCCAGAGGGCCCCGAGAGGGCCCCCAACCCUGCCGGAAGCCCAAUGGCCGGAAGAAAGAGGUGGACAAGACCCUGGUCUCCCUCCUGCUUGUCCUGCACAGUGGAACCAACAGCAGCCUGAUCGCCAUAGACAACAAGAUUGAACAAGCCAUGGACCUGGUAAAGAGCCACCUGAUGUUUGCCGUGCGGGAGGAAGUCGAGGUCCUGCGAGAUCAGAUCAAGGAGCUGUCAGAGCGCAACGCCUUGCUGGAGCAGGAGAACGCACUCCUGCGCUCCCUGGCCAACGCGGAGCAGCUCAGCCACUUCCAAGCCCAGCUCCACGCAGCCAAGCCCCCCUCGAGCGGCAGCACUGCGUGACACCCGCCCCCGCCCCAGAGGGUUGCCAGGAGGAGGUAGAGGAAGAGGAGCAAGACUUGACGUUGAGGGGGGUGGUGGUGCUGGGCAAAAGGGGUAGGGAUUCCCGCAGAUGUGAAUGGGGUGGGUAGCUUGGUUGUGGUGUAGCUGGAGGGGUGAGU